AUGGUAACAGACGCGCAGACUGGCAUUGGUUCUCUCGUUGAUAAAGCAGCUUCCACACCUGGCUCUUGUGGCACCUUGGUUUGUGGGUUCCUUAUUGUGCCUCAGGCAAACGAAGUGCAGUUCCCGCUCGCCCACCGCUAUCAUGCUUUCCUGCCAGGUCGAAGUCGCCUGGAAAACUCAACUGCUUACGGUACUCUGCCUGCUCUGUCAUUUUGCUUUGGCUGGCGGGCCGGCCGGUUGCUGGGAGCGGAUUGGGUCGGUGUACUAUACUUAUCGCAUCGCCGACUUGCCGAUGGUGAAGGUACCCACGCCGAAGGAGGACACAACUUCUUGGAAGUCAUGUCGCACAUUGACGAUACUGAGGACAUCCUCCCGUACGAUGGCAAACCGACGACACUCAACGGGGUCUACCAUCUGGAUAGCCUCGACCAUCCGGACAUCUACGAGGCGUGGAAGUUCCUCUUCGCGUAUGCACCGACCAACUUCCAGCUGAACAGAUUUUUUGUAAACAAUGCUGGUACUUGGCAUGAAACUGUGGCUCAAAUCCGGCAGGUGUUCGAAUUAGCCCAUACCGACUUGAAGGCCUCCGGCGAUUUGUGGAAGAUCACUUCCGAAGAAAAGAUUCUCCGGGAUUGUAUCGACGAGACAAUCAAACUGCGACAAAGCGACAUGACCAUCAACCUCGCAAAGGACAUCCUCAAAGAAGAUGGAUGGAACAAUGCCGUGGUCAAAACUGUGCUGGAGAAGUGGCAUUACGAGGCGACGGUCCCGUUGUACUCCAUCGACUUCCCUACCACUGUGCAGCAAUCCGCAGGCGUCUUCACGCUUGACGAGGUGAAGGCUUUUGGGAGAGCUUAUGGAACACGACGCACUGAUUCCGGGCCAGCCAAGAGACAUCGCCAAGUUUUGGAUCAGCACAGAGCACAUUUCUCGUCCGUCAUGGACAGGCUGUCCGGGAAGUGCUGA